AUGGAAGAUAUGGCAGCAGGAAACCAUUGCACAGUGACAGUUUUCUUCUUGGCUGGGCUCUCAGAGAAGCCAGAAUUCCAGCUGCCCCUCUUCUUCCUCUUUGUUGGAAUCUAUUUGAUCACCAUGGCUGGGAACCUAGGCAUGAUCACACUGAUUGUGCUCAGUUCCAACCUGCACACACCCAUGUACUUUUUCCUCAGCAGUCUGUCGUUCAUUGACUUCUGUCAGUCCACAGUUGUUACCCCUAAAAUGCUGGUGAGCUUUCUGACAGAGAAGAAUCUCAUCACCUACCCUGAAUGCUUGGCUCAGAUCUACUUUGCCAUCAUUUUUGGAACUGCAGAGUGCUACACAUUAGCAGCAAUGGCAUAUGACCGCUAUGUUGCCAUCUGUAACCCAUUGCUUUACAAUGUAACCAUGUCAUAUCAGAUAUAUGGUUCUCUGAUUUCAGGGGUAUAUAUUUUUGCUGUGUUCUGUGCAUCAGUAAACACUGGCUUCAUGUUUAGGAUUCAGUUCUUCAAAUUAGAUAUAAUUGACCACUAUUAUUGUGAUAUUCUUCCCCUUUUUCAGCUUGCAUGCUCUAAUACCUAUAUCAAUGAAAUGUUAAUUCUAUUUUUUGGUACACUGAAUAUCUUUGUCCCAUUGAUGACUGUUAUUACUUCCUACAUCUUCAUCAUUGCUAGCAUUCUCCGCAUUCGCUCCACCAAGGGCAGGUCCAAAGCCUUCAGUACUUGCAGUUCCCACAUCUUGGCUGUUGCUGUCUUCUUUGGAUCUCUAGCAUUCAUGUACUUACAGCCAUCAUCAGUGAAUUCAAUGGAACAAGGAAAAGUGUCUUCCUUGUUUUAUACUACUAUUGUUCCCAUGCUCAACCCUUUGAUCUACAGCCUGAGAAAUAAGGAUGUCAGUGUUGCAUUGAAGAAAAUACUUGAAAGAAAUUGA